AAUAAAGUUAGUUCGGGUUUUCAGUGAAAUAGUAAAUUGUUGCAGAAAGAUGUUCACCGAAAAAAUACGGCAACUAACUCUGCUACUAGAAAAGCAAGAGCUCGAAGCUCCAGGAGGAAUUGUUUCGAUACAGCUUUACUCCGAACUUUUUGCCGCCUAUUUGUAUCAAAAUGAUCUCGCCAGUGCCCGUUUUCUCUGGAAACGUAUACCACAAAACAUGAAAGCCGGCCACUCGGAGCUGGAGCAGAUGUAUAAAGUGUAUGUGUCCCUGUGGAACAACGAUACGGCCGGUUUCUACAAAGCUAUCAACCACGACUGGUCGAAGCAUGUGUCGGAGCUGAUGUUCGAGCUGAAGGAGAAAAUACAGCAAGAAACGAUUUCACUGAUCGGACGAGCAUACAGUUCCAUCUUUGAAAAUGUAUUCGCCGAAAUGACCAACCAAACAACCGACAUGGUCGAGGAUACGUGCAAAGGUCUCAACUGGGAGAUCAUCGAUGGAGCGCACCCGCGAUUGAUAAUACCAAAGCGAACGGUCGAGGAGAAACCGAUUGUGGUCAGUUCCGAGGAUCAGCUGCAAAGGCUCACCGACUUUGUUUCUUUCCUCGAAAACUGAAACGUUGAUAUGAAAACCCGGGUCACUGUGAGUGUUUACUGUAAAAAAAAGCAGACAAUUUUGGUUUAGUUGAUGAAAUACUUCUCUAUGAUUUUCUAAUAAAUCUUCCGGAA